GUUUACUUAUCCGUCUUUUUUUUCUCUUCGAAUCAAAAUUACACAUAAAAAAGGUGGCUACAUUCAAAUAACGGUUGUUGUUCUUUCCUCCACUUCCAUAUCCAUUUUGCUGCGUAACAAAACUUCGUGGAGUCCUUUUGUGAUCUUUUUUAAAAAAAAAAACUUUUUUUUACUAAUUUCCAACUAAAAUACAUAUCUUAUUAAUUUAAAUACACAAAACAAAUUUAAUUUAUUUUAUUUUAAAAAUCAACAACUGAACUGUUAAAAUUACAUUAAAUAAAAAUUAUUUUAAACUACAUAAAAUGUCGACCAAUGAAACGCAAAUGGAGGCCAAGCCUGAGUCAGAGCAGCCCCAACCGGAAACCGUGGUGGAGAUGAAGGAAACCAUAGUCGAAUCAGAGACUACAUCUUCGAUUCCGACAACAGAAAAGUUAGAUGAAAAAGAAAAGCUGAAUAAAUCAAGUGGACUUGAAGUAGCAAUUAUGCUUCCACCUCCACCAGUUUUGGUUAACUUGGCAGCAGCUGCAGCAGCAACUGCUCCCUCUAGUGCUACUCUGGUACAAGCAAAUUCUCGACCUCCAUCAUCAUCGUCAAUGACUGCAACAACAAUUGCAACGGACAAAGUAGACGAAGAAGAAGUUCUAAGCUUACAAGUACUAUCGGCUCGAUCCUCGACCCCUUACACUGUCCAAGGAAUUUGUUGUGCCAAUGCAAAUUGUGGCCUAGAAGCAACCACAGAUUCGAGUAAUGCCAGUCAAUGGAAGGAACACGAAGAGGAACCGACUCAGCUUGUAGUUUCUGAGGUGAUAAAAGAAAGCGAAGAAGUCAUUGACCAGAAUGACGGCAUAGACGAUGGCGAUGAGAAGAAGAAGCACAAACACUUAAAUGGAGGUCGUCAUUCGGAUUAUGAAGGAAAGAAGUACUCACGCUCAGAUUUGCUAGAAAUUCGUGAUGAAAUGACCAUCAUAAGGCACGAAUGUCUAGAAAAUGCUAGAUUGCAUCAUUUACUAAAAAAUAUGAAAGAUAUGAAAAGAAACAAAUCCUUCCGUAAUUCUAAUCCACCCAAUGAUCUUAUGCCUGCAUUCUUUAAGCGCAAAACUGCUUCUCUAAAUGGCUCAGACACCAACAGUUCUUCCAACUCAAUUAUUUAUGAUAAUUUCAAAUACAGCGAUUCGAAUCCGUUUAACCAUCACCACACCGAUAGUGGUUCAUCUGCUGGAAAUGGUAAUAACUACCGUCGCAUUGGAAGUGGUCGAAUAUCUUCUAAUCGUGAAGUUAACUGGGACUACAUUCCCGAGGAAGAUCCCGAAAAGAAUAAUCUUCCAGAGUUCUUCAAUACAAAAGAUUUGAUUGGUAGUGGAAGUAUUCAACCGAAGCCACAACGUCCACAAAAAAAACACGAACUUGAUGAUAAUUCGAACUAUGUUAAACGUGUUAUUUCCUCAGCGACAGGUGGGGAAUCGUCAUUCCGAUCGAUUGGAUCGAGACAUUCGAUAAAUUCGAGCGGAGAAGAACGUUAUAGCAGCAAUGCUAGCAGCAGCACCAACAACAGAAGUGAUGAACCCGAGUGGUUUAGCUGUGGUCCGACGUCCAGAUUGGAUACUAUCGAGUUGUGUGGUUUCAAUGAAUCCGAUCAGCAAAAGAUUCGUUUGGAAAUGUCCUCCAAAAAUAAGAUGGAUUCAAAUAACAAUCGCUCAGAUUUCACACCUACUGGCCAUAAUCAUAAUCAUAAUAACAAUAAGGAGAAGAAGCAUUUGGCUUUCCAGUUUGAUGAUUUUUCAUCAUCACACAACAAUAAGUCCAGCCACCAUGGAUCAGGAGCUAAUAACACUGCCAACAAGCUUCCCUCAUCUAAGUUUAUGCCACUUUUCAAUGCUAAGAAGAAAGACGAAGAGACAAAUACCACUCAUCACAGUUCGACACAGUCGUUGAAUGAAUUCUUCAAACGAAACGAUAUGCCACUUUCCACGGCUGCUCCUCUUGCUGCUGGGGGUCAAAAGGAAAAACUUAGCACAACUGAAAUGCCAAGUGUUGACGAAAUCGAAGCCAAAUGGAGGAGCCAUCAAUCGAAUGAUUCUCGAGGUAAACCCAACUCGGAGAAUUUCAACAAUAGCUCGGAGAGUUUCAAAAAAAUUCUUCACCAACUGAAUCAACAGCAGCAACAACAUGUUUCUAGUGCUGGAUCAAUUUCUUCCCCGCCAAUCCAACCGCAGGCUAACAACAACCAGCAACACCAUCCUCUGAAUCUCUUCAACAAUGAUAAUCUGUCAAACUUCAUCAAACAUCGUAACCUUCAGCAGCAGCUUUUGCAGAAACAACAGCAGCAAGCUGCAUUUGCACAAUUGCAAUUCAAUGCUAUUCUCAGCCGUCCUGAUACGCAGAUGCUACUGUUGUCGUUGGCUCGUGGAGAGAUAUCCAAACACGGUUUGGUGAUUCAGCUGUCCAACCCAAAUCUAACCCAAACCGAUCGAGAGGCAAUUUCGGCUGUGUUGACUUUCUCAGCUGCUGGGCAGUAUCAUCAACAGUUGGCCAUAAACAGCAAUCAGCAACAACAACAGCAGUUCAUUGCCAAUCAACUGCAGAACCUUGCUUUAAUGCAACAAUUGAAUAAAAGUCCAGCUUCAAGGAGAAAUGCUAAUAAUGCAGGAGGCGGAACUGGUGGAGGCACCGGUUCCGGUUCUGGUGGAUACCAAGGGAAUAAUAAUACAACUGGUGUUGGUGGAAACAACAACAAUCAGCGAACUUAUACUCAGGAAGAGCUCCAAUCUCAUGCUAACUUCAUUCUUCACAAUGCUAUGUUAAAAAAGAAACUCGAAGAACAAAAUAUUGGACUUCAGAAAAUGUUACAUUUACAAACGUCCAUGAUGAAUGGCAACAUGAAUAACAACAACAAUAAUAAUAAUAAUAAUCAUCCUCGAGGAGGUGGUAAUGUUGUUGGUGGAAAUGAUUCAAUGGCUGGGACCAAAAACUUUCACUAUCAACAACAAAAACAACAACAAAAUCAUCAACAACAACAACGUCAUAGAAAAUUUACAAAUUCAAGCAAUCGUAAUAACAACCAUUCAAUGGGUCGUCGUCGUUCGACUUCUUCAUCAUCAUCGAAUACUGCAAAUUCAGGAAAUUUAGCAUCCCAAUUGCAACAAACUGUUAAUACGCAGUUACGUCGACAGUUAGAACAACGAAGGAAUACUAUUGCUACGGCUACAGUUAGAGGAGGAGAUGACUAUAAUCAAAUUUCUCAAAGAAUAUAAAGACUCGGGGCCGGGCAUUUUGGCCAAGGCGAUGGUGGCAACUACUGUUAUUAUAAUAGGCUAUCGCUUUCUUAAGCCCGAAAUGGAGUCGAGACGUCGCCGGCAAGCGGAAUCCUAUGCCAAUUAUUUAUACGAAGUGGA